AGAUCCGGUCUUUGCAUAUGGCGGCUCUCUGAGCGCUGCACGCGUGGACGGUGUGAGAUUUCCGUGAGGAGAGGAUUUAACGUGAAGCCGCCGGGAUGCAGCACGACGAUGUUAUCUGGGAUAUUGUGGGAAAUAAACAGUUCUGCUCCUUCAAGAUAAAGACAAAGACGCAGAACUUCUGUCGGAAUGAAUACAACAUUACCGGUCAGUGUAACCGCUCCUCCUGCCCGCUCGCCAACAGUCAGUACGCCACCAUCAAAGAAGAGAAAGGUAUCUGUUACUUGUACAUGAAGACUAUAGAGAGGGCGGCAUUUCCAUCACGUCUGUGGGAGAGGGUCCGUCUGAGCAAGAACUACGAUCAAGCUCUGGAGCAGAUAGAUGAAAACCUGAUCUAUUGGCCCCGAUUUCUCCGACACAAGUGCAAGCAGAGGUUCACCAAGAUCACACAGUACUUGAUCCGAAUCCGCAAACUCACUCUCAAGAGACAGCGUAAAAUUGUCCCACUGAGCAGGAAGGUGGAAAGAAGAGAGAAGAGGAGAGAGGAAAAAGCCCUGGUGGCCGCUCAGCUGGACAACGCGAUAGAGAAAGAACUGCUGGAGCGUCUGAAACAGGGAGCGUAUGGAGAUAUCUACAACUUCCCUAUCCAAGCCUUUGACAAAGCUUUGGAGCAGCAGGAAGCAGCAAGCGAAUCGGAGUCUGAAGAAGAGGAGGAGGAGGAAGAUGAUGAAGAGAGCGGCAAGAGAGAGUUUGUGGAAGAUGAAGACGUUGACGAAAGUGACUUGAGUGAUUUUGAGGAUAUGGAUAAAUUGGGCAGCGAUGAGGAGAAAGAAGCUAGUGAAGAGGAGUCUUCAGAGGAAGAAGGAGAAAAAGCAGAGCCCUCAAGAGUAAAAUCCAAGGGCAAGACACCUCUGAAAGGACCAGUCAGAAGAAAGAGAGCGUAUGUGGAGAUAGAGUAUGAGCAAGAGACUGAGCCACAGAACAAGGCCAAAGCCACCUGAUGGAGGAUUUCAGGGAAUUACUGAACUGCUUUUUCUAAAUAAAACCAUUUCCCGGAUGA